AUGGAGUACUGGGCGGCGCUGGCGUCGCUGAUGGGCGCGUUCGCGUUCCUGCAGGGGGUGGUGCAGGCGAUGUUCCCGGCGGAGCUGCGGGCGGCGCUGGCGCGGCUGCUGGGCAGGCUCACGCGCGCCUUCUCCCCCUACUGCUACUUCGACGUGACGGAGAUGGAAGGCAUGAGCACCAACGAGAUCUACGACGCCGUGCAGCAGUACCUCAGCAGCACCGCGGCGCCGGCGUCGGGGGCGCGCCUCAGCUUGUCGCGCCCGCUCAACGCCUCCUCCUUCACCUUCGGGCUCGCCGCCAGCGACCGCGUCGUCGACACCUUCGCGGGGUGCGCCGUCACGUGGGAGCACGUGGUGGCGCCGCGCCAGAGCCAGGGCUUCGCGUGGCGGCCGCUCCCCGAGGAGAAGCGCCGGUUCACGCUCCGCAUCCGGCGCGGCGACAGGGACAAGCUGCUCCCGGCGUACCUGGACCACAUCCUCGCCGCGGCGGCAGACAUCCGGCGCCGCAGCCAGGACCGGAUGCUCUACACCAACGCGCGGGGCGGGGUCAUGGACACGCGCGGCCUGCCCUGGGACCCCGUGCCGUUCAAGCAUCCGAGCACGUUCGGCACGCUCGCCAUGGACCCCGCGCGGAAGGCGGCCAUCAUGGCCGACCUCCGAGACUUCGCCGGCGGCAGCGCCUUCUACGAGCGCACCGGACGCGCCUGGAAGCGCGGCUACCUCCUGUACGGGCCACCGGGCACCGGCAAGUCCAGCAUGAUCGCGGCCAUGGCCAACUUCCUCGGCUACGACGUGUACGACCUGGAGCUGACCGAGGUCAGCAGCAACGCGGAGCUCCGGAAGCUGCUGAUGAAGACGACGUCCAAGUCCAUCAUCGUGAUCGAGGACAUCGACUGCUCCGUCGACCUCACCAACCGCGCGGCCAAACCGCCGAACCCGAGGAAGCAGCAGCUUCGGCUGCCGAGCAUCGACGGCACCAUGGUCGACCAGGACGGGGGCGCCGGGGCCGGGCGGUCCAUCACGCUGUCCGGCCUGCUCAACUUCACGGACGGCCUGUGGUCGUGCUGCGGCGCGGAGCGCAUCUUCGUGUUCACCACCAACCACAUCGAGAAGCUGGACCCGGCGCUGCUCCGGUCGGGCCGCAUGGACAUGCACAUCUUCAUGUCCUACUGCUCGUUCCCGGCGCUCAAGAUCCUGCUCAAGAACUACCUCGGCUUCCAGGGCGACGAGGAGCUGGACCGCCUCAGCGACAGCGACACCAUGCGCGGGCUGGAGGAGUGGGUGGACGCCGCGGAGAUCACGCCGGCGGACGUGAGCGAGGUGCUGAUCAAGAACCGCAGGAGCGGCAAGGCGGAGGCAAUGCAGGAGCUGCUGGACGUCCUCAGGGCCCGCGCCGAGAAGCGGGGCCGGGGCAGCGGCGGCGGUGCGGCCUCGGCGGGGAAGGAGGCCGGCGGCGGCGGCGGCGGCGAGAACGAGGAGGAAGAGGAGGAGGAGAAGCGGGCGCUGGAGAGCCCCAAGGAGGGGAAGGAGCAGGCCGGCAUUGACAGCUCCGGGGACGGACAGGACGAGGAGGCCGAGGGCAAGAAACAGGUGUGA